AUUUUUAGAAAUGUUAAUGAGCUUCCAAACAAAACAAUCUCGUACGCAAGAACUCGAAAAUCGUAAUUUUCUCCUGUUUUUAGUGAGUUUCAGCGAUCGAAUCAUCUCUGGACUUGUCUUAAAAAAUUAAGUAUCGUCUGUAACGAAGAAAUUUAUUUGUUUGGAAAAAUUUUCACGACGUUUUAGGCUCAGUGUUAAUUGUAAAGGAAGAACAAAUCACAACUAGAAAAAGAGAUUGGUUACCAGUGAAGUGAUCUUCGCAUGAAAUCCAUCCUAAUCAUCUGCCUUAUCGCACUAUGGGCGGACGGGAGGGCCGAUUAUUGGGAGAAUGAAAAACACUCGGGAGACAUAAAGGCCUUCCAAUUUAAACGCGUCCGCUCAGAUGACGAUUGCGCAACAUCUUCUCAGGAUUCUAUUUACUUUGUGUAUCUUCCUAAUUUCCCUUCAAAAAGAUAUUUAAAUGUAACAGUCAGAAUAAUUGCUAGCAGACGUUUAAUAGAGGAAAGGAAUGUAAAAAAUAUAACCAUAAUUCUCAGCGGAAAUAAUAUAAAUUGGCAGAUAAACACAGAUUGGUUAAAGAAGAGACAGCGCAUGAGGAUAAAUGUAUAUCAUCACAAUACUAGUCGAGUCAUUAAUUAUAAGAAUAAGAAGUUUGAGCUGUUUGCUUAUCCCAGCUUACCAAGAUUAAAUUUCACAAGCUUAAAAAGUCAUGUUCAAAGAAAUAUUGGGCAAAUCCAAGGAUUUACGUAUCUUAAAAAAAGAAGAGUUGAUUAUAUAGAAAUUGAACCUUUUACUGGAAAAAAGUUCAAACAGUUAGGAAGAACAUGCUCGAAGUUUAGUUCACACAAAAUCAUCAAAGCUUACAAGUUAAGAGACAGCUUAAUAGAAACUAAAAUUUAUAAAGGUUCAAAACAUACGAAAAAAUCUGAAGAUUUUUAUAUUUUUGAUGUUCAACCUACGAGCGACAACGUAAUUUUGAAUGUGACGGUAAAAGCAGAUUCGGGGCCAAUAGAGGCAAAAAUUUACAUAAGAACGGCCGCGAGAGCACACAAAUCAAAAACGAAAUAUCAUAUUAAUUUAAAUGGUGUUGGUUUUCAUCGUCUAAAUGUAAUAUCGGACGAAAAUUCUAAAAUUAUUGAUCCAGUUGUUAUACCAGAAGAUUUUCAAUUUGGAACUAGCCAGAGUGAAAAUAAUACAUCUCAACUAAACCAAGAUCAAUUUUACGACUAUAUUAAAAAAACUUAUUUCUUAAAAACAAUCUCAAAAGUUAUUUAUGUCAAGAUGAAAGCGUCAAUUAUUAAUUCUGAACUAGAACAAAAACCUCUUUGCACAAUGUAUGAUUGCAUUCGAAAUUCUUUUAUUUUGGUUUGCAAGGAGGAUGCUUUUGAUGUUUCUUUGCGUUAUCUGAUAUUAAGAGCUCUACCGAAUUUGGAUGAUUUCCGUUUCACCUUGAAUGAUUCCAAAUGUGAGUUGAAAAAAUCGGCAAAUGGUUAUGAUAUACAUUCUACGAUGUUAGAAUGCGAUAGUGGCAUUGUUACAAAUGACUAUGGACGGCAUUUUUCGAAUUCUAUCGUUGUUAGAAGACGAACUGGUAAAGAUUCAAAUUGGACUAUUGAACAUCAAAUGCCUUUCGUUUGUAAUUACCCAACUUCGAAUAAAGGUGUUCAAAGAGUUAAACAAACUUUUAAAGAAGAAACAAUUAUCAUGAAUGUUUCUUUCGAUGGUGAGAAGAAUGAGAAUGACGCUAUAAUUAACGAUGGUUCAGCAAUGGUAGUAAAUCUGGACAUUAUAAAGAAACCCGAAAUGGCUAAUUUGGAUUUGGGACCGUCACUUUUCAAUUGUUAUAUAGAACUUCUUAAGUCCAAUAAAGAUCGAGUGUAUUUAAUCAAAGAUGGGUGUAUGUCGGAAUAUCUGAUCAGUCGGAACGAGAUAAGAAGUUUAUCAAAUCGUAAAUUUGAAGUAAUCUUUCAACAAUUCUUUCCUAAGACCGCACCAAAUGCUGUUGAGUUGGUUUGUCAAGUUGGCAUCUGCAUCAAUAAUUUCUCAAAAUCUCCUGAUUCGUGCAUCAGUCAAAAACAGCUUUGUCAUAGGAGUCGAAAUAUGACAGAUCUGCCUACAAUUCGAUCAGCCCCUUUUAUUUAUAGUGGAGGAUUAACCUAUAAUAAAAAGGAAGCGAACGAAUUUAAUAGCAAAGUUAAAGGUAUUAAAUUAAUUUUUCAUGUAUAAAACAGAAAAUUGCUUUAGUCAAUAAGUUGAAAAAAUUAGAUAUUUGUAAACUAUUGCUAUGCUUUUUCAACACUUUUAGUUGUAUAAUAUAUGCAAAUGGUAUCUAACAUACACAGGAAAUGGUUUUCAAAGCAUUUUAAAUCUUAUUAAGCGAUUAUUUAUUAAAAAAUAGAGGCUUAGAACAUAGAUUUCCUUAAAGAGGUUGACAUUGAGUUUAAAUCGCAAUAACACAAGAAAACAAUGUGACCUUUAAAUAGCGGCUAUAGAAGGAGAAUGACUUAUGGCAUUCAUUCCAUAUCUGUUCAGCUAGAAAUAAUUGCUAUUAUUUUUUGUAUUUGAUCAGCUGUAUUAAAUGUUCUAUGAUGACUAUUACACGCUUCAAUAGUCGAUGAUGACGGUUAUUAAUAUGUUUUUUGUCUGUUCGUCAAUGAAUUUUAUUUCUUAUCUGUCGCUGGCGAUGAGCUUGUGUUGUUUCGACUGACAAUUUUCAUUAGUCUUGCUAUAAAUCUUGAUCAAUAGCUGAAUAGUUAUAGCUUUUCGCUUUGAAAGAAAAACUGCGCAUUUUAUACACGAGACUUCGAUAAAGAAAAGAGGGUGGGAGGAUAUAGCUGUAAAGGAUUUGGUCAACGUAUCAUUCCUUAUCUGAUUUUGUAGAUUAUUUUUAAAUGUCUUAAAUAAAUAGUGACGGAGUUAUAGAAAAAAAGUAUAUGGAUAUUUUGAUUUAUUACUGCUACAAAAGAGAACAAUACCAUACAUUUUAUAGACAAGUAAAACACUUCUCAUAAGAUGUCAUUGUCUUCCUAAUUUUAAGCUUUAAACAUAAUACAUAAAAAGAAUGAUUUCUAGUUUACGCAGAACCUAUAUUUUCUUUGUUUUUAAAUUCCAAAGAUGAAAUAUAGACGUAGUUAACCUAGAAUUUUCAAGUAUUUAUAGUCUGUAAAGUUUUUGUGUGAAAAUUUGAUACAAUAUAGAACUUUUGUCUUUUGCAGAGAAAAAAUCUACAAGACAGCCUUACGAACCAAACGCAACGUCUGAAUUGAAUUGCACAAAGGCGAAAACUAGCGGUGCCUCAACGGAAUUGGUUAUUAUAAUAGCAUUUGUUGCUUUCAUCAUCGGCGUAUUUUUAACGCUUAUCCUCGUCUGCAUUCGUUCGAAAACGUCACCUCAGCUACACUUGAGCAAAAAGAGCCAGCAACAAACUAGCGCUAACCCGACACCAGAUUCAUUAACACCUUUAAACAAUACAAAGGAGACUGUUUGACUUGGUAUAUAAAGGUAUAUGUAUCACAAGAAAUUUUUGAACUGAAACUCAGGGUAUCUAUAUGAUAAACUCUAUGUACUUAUGAAUUAACGUAGAUACUUGUACAUAUAUAUAAAUAUCUAUAUGUAUAUAUAUGUACUGUUGUACUAUGAUCAUUUUCUUACAAUAAAUGAAUGUGUAAAUAUAUAUGUUUGUACACGAAUAUGCAUACAUAAAAUGUAUCUUCUGUUGACAUAUGUUAACCGAGCCUGAGUAUGAAAUAGAAGAGCUCUAACGUUAUUUAUGAAGUGGUAUCCCUAAGAAAAUUAUGUUUCCUCAGUUUUCAAGUUGUCGUCAAUAUUGUACAUUAAACCUAUGUUUAUACAAGUGGCUCAGGGAAUGAAUGAUUGUAAAGAUGUAAGAAAUUUUUAAAGCUUUAUCAGUGUUUUAUUAUAUUUCUUGUAAAGAAAAUGAAUAAGUUUUGUGCCAUUUUUUUGAUGCAAUGAGUGGUAAUCACGGUACUAUUUUUUUUUGUUACAUAUAUAUACUCGGAGUAAUUUUGUACUGUUCUUGUUACGUUGUGUAUAUAUUUUUUGUUUUUAUUCUUUCUGGAAGUAAAAUUGAAGUUUUGUCUUAACUUAAAGUGUUGAUGGGUAUAUUAUAUGUAUUUGAAAUAUAAGUAUGUAUGCAGUUUACAAGUUGGGAGAGUACGUAUCUUAGAGAUGACGAAAUCCGAAAAGUCAUGUUCUUUACAGCGAAGACGGGUUUCCUCUCAGGAAUUUGGCUAGUGGUGCUUCUUAGCAUAAUCUGAUAUGCAAACCUACCUCUGUUUAAAAAUCGGCUAUAGUCUGUGUGUUUGUAAAGUAUCCAUUAUGUCUGUCUACAUGCCUAUGUCGUUUAUUUCACCUUUCACUUAACUGAAUUAUUUUCUUUUACCAAUAUUCUCAUCACAAAAUACAUGUAUACUUGUAAAUACUAGUAAAUGUUGAGUUAAAUUGACUUCCGUGAACAUAACAAAAGAAUUAUAGAUUUUUUUGACUAGGUUCAUAGUUAAACUUUGUUUGGACCAUAUAUUAGUUUUGCCCACUUCUCAAUUUUGAUCCAUGAAGGAAACCUAAU